ACCCGUCCAAAAACCCUAGAAACCUUGAAGCGUAUAAAUACAUCCAAUUGAGUUAAUUAGGGUUCCUUCUUCCUUCUUCCCUCACUUGCAUUUCGCUUCUAUCACUGCAGGACACAAUGUCGCAAGAAUCACUGGUCCUCCGCGGCACAAUGAAGGCCCAUACAGAUUGGGUGACAGCCAUUGCCACUCCGAUUGAUAACUCCGACAUGAUUGUCACAUCGUCUCGUGACAAAUCCAUCAUUGUUUGGUCACUUACAAAAGAGGGCUCACAGUACGGUGUCCCCCGUCGCCGUCUCACCGGACACGGCCAUUUCGUCCAAGAUGUUGUGUUAUCAUCAGACGGUAUGUUUGCACUUUCCGGAUCUUGGGACGGUGAACUCCGUUUAUGGGAUCUUCAAGCUGGAACCACUGCCCGGCGUUUCGUUGGACACACGAAGGAUGUUUUAUCCGUUGCAUUUUCAGUUGAUAACCGUCAGAUUGUUUCUGCAUCUCGUGACAAAUCGAUUAAGCUAUGGAACACUUUGGGUGAGUGUAAAUACACGAUUCAGGAUCAAGAUUCACAUUCUGAUUGGGUGUCUUGUGUUCGUUUUAGCCCAAAUAAUCUUCAACCAACUAUUGUUUCUGGAUCAUGGGAUCGGACUGUGAAAAUCUGGAAUCUUUCUAACUGUAAGCUUCGCGCUACUCUUGCUGGGCACACUGGUUAUGUGAAUACUGCUGCAGUAUCUCCAGAUGGUUCUUUGUGUGCUAGUGGAGGAAAGGAUGGAGUGAUUUUGUUGUGGGAUUUGGCUGAAGGGAAGAAAUUGUACUCCCUUGAUUCUGGUUCUAUUAUUCAUGCUCUUUGUUUUAGCCCCAAUAGGUACUGGUUAUGUGCUGCAACUGAGUCUAGUAUUAAAAUUUGGGAUUUGGAGAGUAAGAGUAUUGUUGUUGAUCUUCGUGUUGAUCUCAAGCAAGAGACUGAAAUGUCUGGCAAUGCAACUUCUACUUCUGGCAAUAGCAAAACCAAGUUUUUAGCCAGUUUCUAGUAGUGUGAAAGCUCCUUAUAAGAUGAAAAGAGCACCAAAAGAAUUACUGAAGAAUGGAAGUAGAAGGGGUUAACUAACCAGCUGAUCUUGCACAUGCUUGUACACCUUUGCGACAAUUUGUGGCCUCUGUAAUAGUUAACCAGCAGUCUCCACAAGCAGUUGAGUCAUAGAGGGAAGGAGAAGGUGAUUCCAGUCCUGGAUUCACACAGUGUCAACUUCCUGAGCUCAGCUCUAUAGCUAAGAGGACUGGUGGAGGAGUGAGGAUAUGUGAGACUACUAAGUCAAGUUACGUGCCUGUGGUAGUGGGACAACUGUGUCUUAAUGAGUAAUUUCCCUAGAUAGUCAACUAUGUUUGAGAAAUUAUCUAAUAAUAUCGUUUUUGUUUGUCUUAGAA